CGACUAUUCACGGAACUGAAGGUUUGAACUCUCAUAACCUCGGAUCUUCAAUCAUUGGAUAAAUAGCGUCACAUAUCUCUGUCCAGAAAUGGCCAAAAGAUGUCGGACCCCGGCGCGCCCAUACAGAGAACUUACCACCGAUAAGGCGUCCUGUAAUCCUGGCCCUACAGCGCCACUUCUCCUGUAUGUUAGACUUUCCUCCCCAGAUCGUGUUAUGGCCUGUGCAGUCUGUCUCGAUUCAAAUGCAAUCGCCGACCGGCCUUCCUCGGAACCGACUCCAACGUGGGACUCGAACCCCAUACAUUCAGUCGAGGACUCCUCGCCUCCUCCGACGCCCCUGCUGAGGAAGAACUCGCUGGAACUGGACCAGCCGGUCUUGCAGAGCAGGAGGAGGAGGCUGCGCUGGCUGUGGAGCCGGACAGGCAAGCGGGAAGACUGUCGGACACCGACGGACGAGCUCCUCACUCAGGCGGAGCUGGAGAGAAGGUUCUUAGCCAGAUACGAAGACAGGAGUCCCACUAGUGCUUCUCCUUCUCCGUCAAGGAUGGCGGACGAAGAGGACGAGUUGGAGUUCGAAGAGUUCGGCGGCUGGGGAGCGGACGCGCCGGCCAACCGCCCGACGGCUCCCGGCCCGGAGAGGCCGCACGCCCCGGAGCCCGGCAUGUCCCCCUCCCCCGAACCCGUCUCCGCCUUCGGCCCUCCCCGCCCCGAACCCCCGCCGCCCAUGGAGGUCGACGGCCCCGCACAGGUCCCGGAUGAAGCGCCGCAGGUCCCGGAUGAAGCCCCCAGUGCGCCUACUCCAACCGAGGCCCCAGCCGAAGCACCACCAGCCCCAGCUGAAGAACCUUCUCCACCGGUAACGGAAGAAGUUAGACCUCCUCCUCUUGAGGAAACGCCUGCAGAGGAACCGGAGAAGAAGGAAGAGAAGGAGGAAGAGAUUGAAGAGAUGGACGAAGUUGCCGGAAUCUACGAGGCGAAACAGAAGGAGGAGGAGGAGAAGAGGAGAAAGGAAGAGGAGGAAAAGGGAGAAGACAAACUUUGGAAGACCAGGGAUGACCUGAAAAUGGAGCUGCUGGAGGCGGCAGUAACCGGUGACAUCAUGACUGUCAAGGAUAUCGUGCAGCGGGGCAUCGACAUCAACGGCGGAGACGAGUUCCAAAGGAACGCCCUGCAUAGGUCAGCCUGCGAGGGGCACAUGCGAAUCGUCAAGCAUUUGGUAGUCAGCGGCGCCAACGUCGAUACGAAGGAUAAGUUGGGAAGCAGCGCUCUCCAUUGGGCCACGCGGUUCGGACGUCACGCCAUCGUGGACUACCUCAUCGACAACGGCGCCAAGAUCAACGCCAAGGACAGGAGCGGUGCUACACCAUUGCACGUAGCCGUGCGGGUGGGCUGGUGGCCGGACAUGGUGGAGAAACUCCUGGACCGGGGAGCGGACAUCAACUGCAAAGACUGGGAAGGAGACACGCCCACCCACGACGCGGCGAGAAUGGGCAGAAACAACAUCCUGCGGAUUCUCAUCAAGAGAGGAGCCGACAUUAACAUCAAAAACUUUGACAAAAGCCAGCCGUUUGACAUGACAAAGGAGUGGCAGCUGGAGACGAGGGACUGCCUGACGACGGCCAUGGAGAUCGGCAAGCUGAAGGAGCUCAUGGCCAGGAAGGAUAAGGAGUUGUCCUUGAACCAACGCUAAGGAAACUUCUUAACAUCUUAAAAAGAUUUAUCUUUCUCACAAAUCAAGCACCUUUAUGUUUAAGCUAUGGAUUAUGGGUAAGGUCUGAGGUUUAAAGGCCAAGGAGGAUA